CGAUCGCACCUGCCUCCUGCCCAUGGUGAUCACAGUAGCCAAAGCUGCGCUGCCAGAGGAUCUCGCGCUGCUGUCCCACAACCACGAGAAGCUGCGCCCGCCGCAGGGCGUUGUCCGCGCACCGACAGCCGAGGCGACCAAGGCGGUCUCGCCCGACCGCGAAGAGCGCUUGCGCAAAGACCGCCUUCGGAAGCGCUUGAGCAAGGAAAAGUUCCAGACCGAGCUCAACCAUCUCCAUCGCACGUCCGUCGCGCUCGAGUACCAGCUCAGCGCCGUGCAAAAGAAGCGCCGCGUCGAUGCCGAGACCGACGCGCAGUGGAGGCAGCGCGCCAUCCAAGAGAAGGCUCGGCUCCACGACGCCUACGCAACAGGUCAAGCGCUAUAUCGCGAGCUUGUGAGCCAGAUGGAGAAAGCCGUCAUCUUCAAGAGCAUUUGCGGUCCCACGUCCGACACCAUGAUGUUUCUCGACCCACGCCGCGACCCGUGGAGCCUCCACACGCUCUGCAAGGACCCGGACCGGCAAGAGCAUGCGCUGCGAAGUAUUGCCCAGUACCAGUCGUGCAAGAUUACCCCCGAGCUCUUUGCCAAGCUUCCGGGGCCGCGCGACGGCAGCUACAACCUCGUCCUCGACGAGACCGACCAGCAUGUUUCGUACGUCGAGCUUUUCAAGCACGGGACCUUUGCGGCACACCACGAAGAUGUGGCGCAGGCGCUGCACCGCUACUGCUUGACCGCCCAUCAAGGCAAGCAGGUUCGGUGUGUGGACGGCACGCUGGCGUUGACCGUGUUCACGGACAAGCGGCGGCAUUACGUCGUCAACUUGGUCCGCGAGAGCGACGAGCGCAUGAUUCUCACGCAUCGAACGCUCAUUUACGACGACGUGCACGGCCGCAUGGCCCACGAGAGCAUCGCGGGGUGGUGGGUCUGCGAACGGCUACCCAGCUUGGACGGCCAUACGCCUCGGAGCGUCAUGCGAUGUUACGCACAAGCGUGCAUCGAUGUCAACACGGAGCUAUCGGUCCAAGCCUACACAUCGUAUCUGGUCAAUGCGGCCAAAGAAGACGUUGGCAUGAACCAAGCGUUGGCCCAAUUCCGCAUCCUCUCUCUUACAUAAUCUAAAACGCUACUUGAUAUUAAUAUAUUUAUGGACGAAC